GGCAGAGGUCAUCACAAGAAGAAGAAGAUCCAAAAGGAGAUCAAGAAGUUCGUGCUGAAGGUGCUGUUCGGUAUCUACCUGUUCAAGCAGAAAAUCAAAAUGAUCCUCAUGUCAAUCCAAUCGAUCCUGAUGAGCAAGUUCUUGGUGGUGGCCAUGAUCUACGCGCUGUCCAACACGUUCAAGAUCUGGUACGACAUCAAGUCCAGCAAACACCACCACCACGACAAGGUGGUGUACUACGAGAAUGCUCAUCACCAGCACCACUACGAGCCGCCGGAGCACACCGAAUACGACGACCACCACGAGCACCACGGGUGGGACAGCGGCAGUAUCUGGGGCCGAAGCAUCGUGGCCACUGAGCCAUCGUCGAAGGACCCAUCCGGGUCGCGGAACGGUAUCAGCCGUUACAUCAGGCGCGUGACCAGGACAGCGACUCGGCAGCCGUCCGUUACGGCACAGACCAUGGCGUUCGGAGCCCAAAAGCCGGCCCAGCAAUGAGCCCUAAUCCCUCCCCCUCUCGUAACAUCGUUCCAAACCGUUUCAUCGUCACGUUUCCCGUGCAAAUUUCUUUUUUCACAUUAGUAAUAAUAUGCUCGUGCGCGAACCAAUGCCUAGGGCCGUACAUAUUAUACACGUUAUCGGAGGGGCGGGUCCUAGAUCGCAAAACGUUCUUUGCGCAUAUCACUCUAACAAUAUUGGUCUUGCCACGACACGUUCCUGCGCCAGACCGAAAAAUAUAUUUAUUUUUUUUUUAUACACGUACACGCACGCAUACGAAUAUAUAAUUUUUUAUAUAUCUACGCAUACGUUGCUCUUUUAUUGUUUAUCCGGGACCGCGUGGUACGUGACCGUUCUCCUCGA